AUGAAGCUGUGCGACUGUCAAAAUGGAGCUCUCUGUAGCCCUGUGGAUGGAAAAUGUGAAUGUCGCUCUGGUUGGACAGGAGACAAUUGUGAGAAGCCAUGUGAGCCGGGAACAUAUGGAAAGGACUGCUUACAACGCUGUGAUUGCGCCAAUGGUAUGCAUUGUGACCCAUCCGACGGUGAAUGCAUCUGCCCUCCUGGCAAAAGGGGAGCUAAAUGCGAUCAAGACAUAGCGAUGCAGAACCUACAAACGCAAGCUUCCAAGUGUUUUCGGUAG